CGCCCCUCAGAGCCCUCAGCGCCCUCAGCGCGGCAUGGCUGAGGCGGCUGGCGGCGGCUGUGGCUCCGAGCCUGGCCUGGCUUCGGCGCCGGGCAGCGCCAGCGACACCUCCCUCCUGGGUGGCGCCACAGUGUGGCCCUUGAAGCGCUACGGUCGCUUCCUCCCCCCUAAGGACGGUGACGAUGAGCGGCAAAACACCUCUUGGAAGGUGUUUGAAUCAAAUGAAGAAUCAGGCCCUCUUGUCCUUACCAUUGUGGAGUCUGGCCAUUUCUUUAUUUCCCAAGAGCGAACAGUGCUGGAAGGCUUUUCCCUGAUCGAUUCCCACAAGUGGCUGAAGAUAGUGAGGAGAGCAGAGUGCCUGCUGCUCCGGGCACAGGCCAAGAACGAGUGCCGCAUGUUCCGUGUGCAGUUCGGAGGGAGCUCCAAGGAGGAGGUGCAGGAGCACUGCUGCAGCUGUGUCCAGAAACUCAGCGAGUACAUCCCGGUGCAGGGGGCUGAGGAACAGAGCCAGCAGCUCUGCCACACCAGCCAGGACACCCAGGGCAUGGACAUUGAGCACGCACCAGAUGAGCCUCUCCCAGACUCCUGCACAAGCCUUGGAGAAAGAAGAUCUGUAGCACAGCUCGCACAGUCGGUGCUGCGGCAGCGGCCGGAGCUGCCCCCGGCAUUGCCGCACCCAGCCUGGAGCGCCCGGGAGCUGGGGCCCUUCAUCCGCCUCUGCCUCAUGGACCAGCACUUCCCAGCCUUCGUGGAGGACGUGGAGAGGGAACUGCACAGGCUCGCCGAGGAGUGAGGCACGCCCGGCACUCCGUGGGGAGCGCACGGCUCCGGCCAUUAAAGGUUGAAAAACAAGGCCUACAGCGGUUUUUGUCGGUGUUUUAUUUUUAAAAACAGGUGAAUCCACUUUUUAUACAUCAUUGCACUUCAACAAAUACACAGAACACGAGUUCAUGCAGCUACAGUUACGCACAUCAUGAGAACCCUGGUAGGUCUAUUUCUACAAUCUUUAAAUCAAGAGAAAUUACAGUGUCAAACUAAAGAGGAAUAACUAGUUGCAUAGAAUAUCACCAUGCUGUAACAUUUCAUCAUUAAAA